AAGAAGAUGAAUCCUUGCAGUCACGAAAGCUUUAAAUCGAGUGUUUUUUGUAUUGUUUGUUGGAUUAUUCUAACCUGCUCCCACUGGACACCUGUGAAAAAGAGCUUUAUAGCUCAUCGGAUUUCUCCUGCAGUGUGAAUACUGAUUCUGAGUUGGUAAAAAAAACGGAUUGGUCGUCUGGUGAAAUUUCGCCUGCACGGUCUCCACUAGGGCUGCUUUAUUUCUCACAGGAUGUUUGUUUAACCCCUCCACCGAUAGCGCAGAGGGGGGUGGGUUUUUUCUGGAGCUCAACCCUGGCCUGCUCCGUCUGAAAUGAACCCCUGAUCCCCAUUGUAUUGGCGCACACAACUCAAUUAAUAAUGCUCAACCCUGGAAAGUCUCACUCGCUGAGUUUCUGCUCAGUUUUUUUGUAUUUCUAGGAGAUUCCCGCAUUGGGAUAUUUGGCCAACAAUUGCCACCUUUGCUGCCACGCCAUGAUGCCCAAUGUUGAUUUCAGAAGCUUGAACAGAGCAAAUACGUCCCUUGAACGACGUCCUUUCAGCGUGUUUGUGUGUGUGUGUGCGGAAUCAAUGCGCGGUUGCUAAGUGGUGACGUAAUGCACACAACACGUGGAGCGCUGCGAUGAUGAUGAUGAAGACGGGCUCCAUGGAGGUUGUCGGCUUUGGGGGCUCUGCUCCGGUGCUGAUUUUGGAGACGCGAUAGUGCAUCAUACACGCACACCAGAGUAGCAUAACUCACGUCGUCCGUUGCGUAACAUGCAGGGACACACUUGAAGAGCAGUGCUUCUGGACUUGGGGUGCACGCAUCCACUGGGCGUGCGAGACAUGGGCCGAUUUGUUUCAGAAGCUAAAUAAUCAAAAACACAAAUUAGGCGCGGGCACGUAAGUACAACUUACUCUGUUGCGUCAACCCCCUGUGUAGUUAUUAACAUAUUGUUUUACUAUCGAUAACCCAAGGGGGUGCAAGGCUACGGUAGAGGCUAAGAACCACCGCUUUAGAACAUCAGCAGACGCCCUCCAGAAUCGUUGAAACGUUCAAGCCAGCAGAGUGGCGCGGCUUUUACUGCGCUCAGCUUUGUUGGCCGCGCUCUUCCACGUGGGCGACCGUUCACGCAGCGGCUCGUGGGGCUCGCGAGGACACGGGAGGUCGCGUCCACGCCGCAGCGGGCCGUGUUUGCCUGUCGCCGUGGAGACGGCGAGCAGGAGACGGCGAGCAGGAGGCUGCGGCAUGGCUCCCAAGACGAUGAAGAAGAGCGGGCACAAGAAGGCGAUCAAGAAGAAACGCUCGCCGACCGGAGCUCCGGACGGCGAGGUGGCGUCCGACCGCCCGGAGCCCGCCCCUGACGAUGCCCGGCCCGAGGGGUCCGGCAAGGGCACGAAGAAGACGAAGAAGAGGUCGAGGAAAGGCAAAGUGAAGCUCACCAAGUCGGAGAGAGCUCUGGCCGGGCUGGAGAAAUCCUGCGAGGCGUUUGAGCGGCAACCGGACAGCUACCGCGAGUUCCUCCUCUCCGCUGACCACUGGCUGCGGAGGAACGGGCCCCUCGUCGCACGAGCUUUGCGCAAGAUAGACGACGGAGCGGAGGGUGGCGCCGUGUCGCACGCCGACCUCAAACUCGCGCUGCGGAACUUUGGCGCUCCGUGCGACUCGGUCCGGCUCCACGUCCUCACCAAGCUGCUGGACCCGGACUCGACGGGCUCGGUGGACUACCGCUCGCUGGGCGCGGGGCUCCACGUCCCCGGGGUUCCAGAACCGCGUGACGGUGAGAAGCACGGCUGGAUGGAGCGGGCAGAGAGCGAGCGAGCGGAGGAGGAGGAUGAUGAUGAUGAGGAGGAUGAUGAUGAGACUGACAAGGAAGGACAAACGGACGGCCACCGGCUGACGGUCACCAAGGAAACGUUGGACCGGUGUCCGCAUUGCAAAAUGGGGGUUUGGAAGCCUCGUCAGGUUGAGGACGACAGGUUCGUGGAGCUGGAGGUGCGGCUGGUGCCGUUUGACGGCGCCGCGUCCCACCCGGGCCACGUGAAGGUGCUGGCGGGCACCGGCACCACGCUGCACGGGCUGGCGCGCUCCCUGCGCGCCCUCGCCCACACCCCCAGCACCGCCGUGCGCCUCUACCGCCCGGAUGAUCGCCCCUCGGCCCGCGAGCCGCGGGACCACGUCGCCGCCACAGAGGCCCCCCGCGGCCCCGAGCUCGUGCCGCUGGAGGAUUCUCCGGGCCUCACCCUACGGGAAUUGGGUGUCGGGUUCGGCUCUUUAAACCGACCGAAGAGCGUGCGGCUCUGCUACGAUUACGCCCUCCAAAGCCAGAAGUGUCCCCUGCUCAGCUGUGAUUAUUACUUCACGGGUGCCUUCUGCGCGGUGCGCGACGAGGAGGGUGAACCACGAGGACGGUCAGACGAAGGACACCGGUCGUUGAGUGGCGCGCGUGGCGAGCCGCCGUCUUACGAGCUGGGCGCCGUCUCUGUGAGCCACCCCCAUCCGUGAACGCCUCCGUACUGCACUGCAAGUGCAUUGCACCUCUGAUGCUGGCGGCGCAUGCAAUGCAACUACAAUGCACCACGGCGGUGCUCGGUGGGCACGUCGGCGUGAGGAGCAGCCCCCUCCCCCGAUGAAGCCCAGAGCAGCCAUGUGCGUGCGAACGACGCGAACGUUUCAAAGGGAAUCAAACGGCACUCUAAAAGCGGUGACGGCGGCGAGCACCGUUGGUACAAGGAACACAACUCCCACAUCGUACGUCCCGUAAUGUCUUUGGCAGUGUAGUUCAGCCAUUGUCGACGGUGUAAAAGUAACGGGUUGCGUAUACUUGAUAUGUGUAUAUGGAUCUGUGUUUUGAGAAUAAACACAAAUUUUCGAGGCUUUGUAACCGACGGACGCGUGACUGUUCAAACGAGGGCAGCCUGCUUAGUGGUGGUGCUGUUCUCGGUUGGAUGGUUGCAGCAACAGCAGCAGCAACAUAUGGCGUGACCGGGAGUUUAGGCGCCAUUUUCAGGACGAGAUUUAUUCCCAUAGAAGACGAGGACCGUCAAAAGAUUCACUUUCAUUAUUUUUACUUUUUGUUCUUGGAAACUGAAAACAUUUGGGUUAAUCGAGGCGGCUGUGGUAGGUGACGAUCAUCUAAACGAGACAGGGUCGCGGAAUAAAAACGCGCGGCUAAUUAAACGGCGGCUACGUUGAACCGUGCAGUUUUUUUUUUAAAACACAGAGAGGGCUCUACGAUGGGCACGCUCAGCUGGGAAUCAUCGUCGCAGGAAUCUCAAAAUCGAGCUAAUUGGGUGGGAAAUCAAAGUUGUGCAUCGUAACGUCAGCCGCGGGCAAAAGUGGCGAUGAACCGACCGCGUGAGCAACACGGGGCUCGUGUGCAAGGAUCUCGAAGUGGGCAGUGUUGAGGCUAUGGGCAGUGUAGGGUCUAUGGGCAGUGUUAGUCUAUGGGCAGUGUUAGUCUAUGGGCAGUGUUGAGGCUAUGGGUAG